UACCUCAAAAACCAAAUCAGUAUCCACCAAAACCCUCACAGUUAUCUCAGAGAGACCCUUCGCCGGAACCCUAGAUACAAAGCAAAAUCACAGAGAGAGAGAGAGAGAGAGAGAGAGAGAGAGUCACACACACAGAUGACGCAGAAAGCUAACCUCUUCAAAGGCCAACAAAAGAGGAAAUCGAUUCCUCCAAGUCGUCAUGGGAAAAUCCCUGUCACCCGGAAAGGGAAGAGAGUCGUGAAGCCUUCGAAGGUCACGAAGGAGAUGGAUGCGGAUCGCGAAAUGAGCAAGUUCAUAAACCAUUGCAAUGAGGUAAAAGCAGCAACUGCUGCAAACAAGGAAGGUGGGCAAUUGAGUAUUGUUAAACCACAGUCCGAGUCCAGCAGUGGUGUGAAGAAAUAGUAGAUGACAUGAAGACUACGGCUGCAUGUAUGAAUAGGGAAAUAGUUUCAGAUCACAUGUUAAACUAGCUCCUUGUACCAAAAUAGGUUUCGAACUUUUGAUAUAGAGAUGUGCCUGGGUUUAUCGGAGACAUGUUCAAAUUUUGGGAAUUUUUAGUUGCAUCUUCUGUACUUUUAAUCAUUUUUCAGAUACA